AUGUCGUCCACCAGCAACGCCUCCAUUGACAAGUUCAACGGAGACAAUUACGCAACGUGGAGCCGGUACAUGCGCGGUGUGUUUUUGACGAAGUCCGUCUGGCACGUUGUCAACCGUGAAGUGACUCCGACUUUCACCGACCCGCGAGCGUCCGAUGACUACGUCAAGGCAAGCAACGUCGCGUUUGGUAUGAUGCUGCUGCACAUGAACGCGGACUACCAUCAUGUGCUGGACAACUGCGAGGAAGCCUGGGUUGCGUGGACAAGUCUGAAGACGCUGUACGGUGGGUCGCAGAAGGCAGGGCGCAUCUACCUCAAGCGACAACUUUUCAGUAUCAAGAUGGCUGAAGGCGCGAACGUCAUGCAUCACUGCAACGAGGUCCUCAACAUCUCCGCCAAGCUUAGCGGCAUCUGUAACGGGGCACCCUGA